AUGCAGUCCUCCGCGGAGGCUAGAGGUCAAUCCGCAGAGAGGCCUCCGCGGAAUGACCUCUACCCUCCGCGGAAUGACCUUAAAAAUUGGUUUUUGCAAAAUAAUUUUUUUUCUGCUUUUAAAAACAAGUUAUAUGGCAAACAACACAUCAAGAUUGUUAAAGAAGAAGAAGACAAGCACACAGACAUUAGUAAAAAGCGUCUACUAGGCGUUGUGGCUGACUUAAGUUCUAAAGUAGACCGUGUAUUACAGAAAAAAGAUGAACCAGACACAAAUGUUGAACCAGACAGAGGGUUUCGAGAGGAGGAAGAGGUGGAGGAGGAGGAAGAGAUGAUAAAUGAAGAGGAGGAAGAAAAAUAUUACCAUCAUACACAUUUUAACUAUGAUGAUAUAGGUAUUCAUGGUUUGGAGGGGGAAUUUGGGUCUACACCUACGCAUGUUGAGCCGUCAUCGGACGUGGGUGAACAUCACACAAAAGAAAUGACUCCUAUUGUUAGGCCGCAACGAAAGAGGGGUGUUCCAUGGUAUCAGCGGACUCCGUUCACAGUGGUUCUAUUCCCCAUAAAGGUUCCUCAUGCCCAUUGGUUUUUGGCAGUGCUACAUUUAGAUAUUUGGAAAGUACACAUUUAUGAUUCAGCACGAUGUAUGAAUUACUUCACAACGUACUUGACUGGUGGAGAAUUCAAAAAUUUUGGGGAUAGUAUAAUCGAAGAGCUAGAUGCGAUUGACUACUGGAAGGAUUUCCCCGAUGGACACAAAGACAACGCAGUUGUGGAGUUUAUUGAUAUUGUAGACGCGCCACAACAAGAAUAUAUUACUAAUAGAGGGGAUUGUGGAGUAUUCGUAAGCAUGUAUAUGGAAAUGACUGCUUCGGAGGUACCGGUGAAGAGUGAUAAGCCAUGUAGAGAUGCGGGAUUUCUCUACAGAAAUAGGAUGACAAAUAUUAUUUGGGAUACUAAAUAACUUGAUGUUUGGAAGUUUGUAUACAUUAUUAUGAAAUACUUGUUAUUAGU